AUGAAUCACAGCUCACCUCACACAUCUCGUGCAACCAGUUCGGAGAGUAUUACCCAAAUCUAUACUACAGAGCAGGUGUCUCCAAAUAUAAGACAUUCUACACACUUUUCAACAGAAGCAUCUGAUGUCUCAAAAUCAACAUAUUCACCUUCUACGACAACAACUGAAGAAGAGACUUCAAUCGCUUCAAGCUCAACUAUAAGGCCUCAUGCAACCAGUUCGGAGAGAGUUACUCAAAUAAAAACUACGGAGUAUGUUUCUCAAGUGUCAUCACAUCCUUUACAUAGUACCGUUAUCCAUUUCACAGAAGGAUCUUCAUCAAUAAAACCGUCAGAACCUUUUUUUACAACAAGAACUCAGCCUUCCUCAUUCCGAACAGAAACUCCAUCUUUUUCUAGACUGACUGCAUUUCCCUCUGUUACUCAUUCAUCACAUCUUGUCAGCACUACAGAAUCCAGAGCCUCACAUCGCCCCACCCAAAACACACCAGAGGCGUCAUCCCGCCCUAUAAAAAGGAUGUACCAACCAGAAAAGUGA